UUUAAAAGAACCCAGCUUUUACUUUAUAAAAAAAACAAUAAUAAUAAAUUAUAUUGCUCAUAAUUACAUUGUUUUACUUCAUAAUAAUUUAGCAAGGCAAAACAUUUUUAUUUCAAUGACAAAUGCAGGUUUACAUGUUAUUUACUCACUAAAAUUGUUUCUGUAGUUGAUAUAAGUUGUUGACUUGCGUUUUUUUUUUCGUCGAUAGCAACUGCAAUGUCACUUUUGUUUAGGUUAUGUAUGCUCAUGCUAUGAGAGAGUGUUUCGUUCGGGUUGUGUGAAAGCGUAAAGCAUAAUGGAUAAUAAUAGUUUAGUGCUUGGAGUACGACUGUCAUUGAACUCUUUCCAGCGAGUUAAAAUCGACGGGAUUAAUUUCGACAGUAAAGUAGAUCAUCUGAGAGCAGAAGUGUCAAAGCAAACCAGUGUACCGAAACAAUUAUUAGUGCUUAUUUAUUGUGGGAAUGUUCUUAAUGACGGUGUGACGCUGAGAUCGUGCGGAUUAAAACCUGGGGUAAUGGUUCACGUUCUCAAGUCAAAAGAGACGAUGGUCCACGGCAGGCCGUCUCCGACGGAGGGGGACAUCCAGGAGUUGGUGACAGCGUUCCGGUCGUUCGCCCGCAACCACAGCCUGAGGAGCGCCUUGCAGCGGCUGACCCGCCCGGAGGUGCUGGAGAACGUCCUGAUGGCGACGCCGUCCUUGCGGGAGGACCCGGUGGCCAUGGGCAUCAUCCAGGACCCGGAGCUGCUGGUGCAUCUGGAGGACAUCACCACCGUGCGCAAGCUGGCGGAGCAGCACCCGCACCUAGUGGAGGCAGCCAAUCACAUCGCGGCUGCGGUCCACGAGGAGGCGGCGGCCGGCACGGCGACCAGCCAGGCCUCCACCUCCGGCUACUCGUACUCCGUGGACGCCCUGAGCGACGACGACGAGAUGGACUCCUCCCAGUCGUCGGACUCGAUGCCGCGGGGGGAGAGCCUGUCCCGGCAGCACUCCUACUCCACCAUCACGGCCGCGCAGCUGGCCGCCGCCCUCGCUUCCGCCACGGGCAUCUUCCCGCCCACGCGGUCGUCGUCGACGUCCUCCAACCCGGGGCCGUCGGGCUCCGGCCCCGUCAUCACGCCCGAGAUGUUCAGCCAGGCCAUGGAGCAGGCCAUCGCCACGGUGGGCUCCUCCGGCGGCCAGGAGUCCCCGCUGCCCGCCGACGAGCCGGCGGCGGCCGUGCGGCCGGCGGGCGAGGGCUGGGCGGUGCACCUGCAGCAGAUGCGCGAGCUGGGGCUCACGGACGACGCCGUCAACAUCCAGGCGCUGGAGGCGACGGGCGGCGACGUGCAGGCGGCCAUCAACCUGGUGUUCAGCGGCUCGCUGGGCCCGGGCCCCCUCUAGCCUUCCUCUGUCCCCAGUGGAGCAGGACUGCACACGGACAGCGUUUAUUUAAAAAAAAAAAAAAAAAAAAUCUUUUCAUAAAUCCAAAUGAAUGUGUGUUCGAAAGCUUCAUUAAAAAAAAAAAAAAAAAUACUGUGCUUGAAUUUUUUUUAAUAUUUAACUAUAAAAGGCUACAGAGAAAAUUAUUGAAUUUCCAAAGUUCUGUGUUGCUUAAGACUAAUCGGUUCCUUGUGACAGAAAAAAAUGAAAUUUUUACUUUGCAAUCGAAAAAGAGUUUCAGAAUUUUUAUUUAUCUCCCGUAAAAGUCGUGUUAUUCCCUAGUGGCUUGAUGUUCUCUUAUUUCACGCGGCUUCAACUCUCUUCAGUUUUGUUAAUAGUAAAAUUAAGAAAAAAAUAAAAUACA